GUAGACAUUUAAUGGCUUCCGGUAGAGAAAGAAGGAAGUGAUUUACUAGCCUUGUAUGUUUUUCAUUUCUAGGUUCAAACAACUGAAUGACGAAAAUGUCACUUCUCCGAUGUAAUUUUUCCAUAUUAUGCUGGCUCUUCCUGAUCUUCUGUUGUGUAAAGGCCUCUGAUUCUGAUCUUGGUAGCAGCUUUUCUCUUUCUUCUGGCAACGGGGACAGGUUUAAAAUCGAGGGCCGUGCUAUCGUCCCUGGGGUAAAACCGCUUGAUUGGAUUUCCACUGCCCGAGUUUUAGUGGAAGGAGAAGAACAUAUUGGAUUUCUUAAGACAGAUGGCGGCUUCACUGUUCAUGAUGUCCCUUCUGGUUCAUAUGUAGUGGAAAUAGUCUCUCCACUCUACAGAUUUGACCCUGUAAGAGUAGAUAUCACAUCCAAAGGUAAAAUAAGGGCCAGAAUUGUGAAUUAUAUCAAAGCAUCUGAAGUAGUCCGGCAGCCAUACCCAUUGCAGAUGAGGUCUUCUGGUCCCCCUUCUUACUUCUUGAAGCGGGAGACCUGGGGUUGGACGGACUUUCUGAUGAACCCAAUGGUUUUGAUGAUGGUUCUUCCAUUGCUGAUAAUUGUGCUGCUCCCUAAGGUUGUUAACACCAAUGAUCCUGAAGUGCGGAGGGAGAUGGAGCAGUCGAUGACCAUGCUGAACCCUAACCAUGAACUACCCGAUGUCUCAGAGUUCAUGACAAAACUUUUUUCUUCCAAGUCUUCAAGCAAGUCUGGUAGCAGUAGUAAAGCAAGCAAAAGAGAUGUAGUGAAAAGGCGGUAGUCUUGCCAACAGAGUUGCUGCAUGUGAACAUAUUGCCCGGUUCAUCCAUAUACUAAGCAAAGUCCGCUAAGCAAGAGUUGAGAACUUACACUGAAAUUAUAAAUGGGUUGUUGCACAGUACUUAAAAGACAGAUAUUUAUUUAUUUUCUGUUAAGUGGCCUAAAGGCUGUAGCAUAAAUCGGGUGGGCACAUGGACAGACUUACCAGUGCUAUGGCUUUUUUCACUGUAUUUCUUUUAAAAAAGAGGGUAUGUCAGCCAAAUGAUUGUGUCUUAUUGUAUCAUCUGCUGAAAUACCACUCCAUGUAAGGUUACUUUUAAAAUGAUCUCCGAAAUAUUUUUUCUUCCUCUAAAGAUUUCUAAAUUUUUUGAGAAUUUUUGUGGGUAUUAUUGCCCUUGGUUACAAUUUAUACACUGUUUGGAUUGGAGUGUCUGCCUGUAGAGCUCACUGAGGAAAACUGAUUUUAACACAUCUCACAUGUUUCAUGCAGAUAUGUUUAGUCCUUAAGUGAAGAGCAUAGUACCUCUUCAGUGCUUUUGUGCUUCUUGUAGUCAGUAACUUUCUGAAGCUGCCAUUUCAUGAGCUGAUGGUUAAAAGAAAGUCUUUCGGCUUCUCCCGUUAGAGGUUGCCACAGCAGAUCACCGAUCUGCAGAUUGAUUGGCAGUGGAGUCUUUUCAAUGUCAAGCUGCCAGCCUGAUGCCCAGCUUUCACAGAAGGCACACACAAGCACCUACUGCAUAUCUUUAACACUCAUUCAACUGCAGGGAGGACAUGCAGACUCCGCACCGAAGGCGCGCCAGCCAAGAAUCGAAUAGGAGAACCUCUUGCUGUGAGGCGGCAGUGCUAACAGCUAUCCCACCGCAGAGUUUAAAAUGUUGGGCUCAGAAUAAAGUAAUGUAUGCAGAACUAACUGUUUUGGAAGCAGGGGACUUUUGAUCUUCUAUUUUGCUUGUUACAGGAAGCAGAAUAGCAACUGUUAAAAGUUAAUAUAAUACUGUAAAGGCUAGUGUAAUAUCAGGAGGGUAAAGUUGCAAUUCUUUGUGAAAUGUUAAAAAAAAAAAAAAUCUCAUCUCUGGUGCUGUAGUACUGGGUGCCAUAGUGCUUGCAGUAGUUGAGGGAUUCCACAACAUUAACUAGAAUUAGACUACCCCCAUCUGAACUGGAGUAUCUGAUGGCUGCUAUUAGUACUUUCUUUUGGUGGUGACCACAAGCUGUCAGUGAUAUGAGCCAUGGAAUUUCUAGGCUUCUUGGUAGAGAAGGGCCUUAACAUAUAUUUUGUGUGUGUGUGUGUGUGUGUACGUACGUGUGCGUGUGUGUGUACGUACGUGUGCGUUUGUGUACCUUGCAGGCUAUAACAAUUAAUAGUACAGUCAAGUAGAUGUGCAGUAAUCCAAUAUGCUUUUUUCACUGAAUAAGUUAUCUAUUUCCAAGUGGUAUCCAGUGUUGUUUACCAGACUGAUGGAAAUGGGGGUCUGCUUGACUGUCCUGGUUACCAAAACGGUAAGUCGUAAGCUUUUCAAGAUGCAUUGCUGUCCAGCAACGAAGAAGCAAAAAUUUAACACUGCAUUUUUUCAGUUGAACUCUUUAGUAACAGUUUUCUUGUCUGUUUAUGCCUAGGUCUUGUUUAAAAAUUAAAAGAUAAAAAGUGGAUAGUGCAAAAUGAGAGUUUGAAAUAAUUCCUUUUUUUUUUUGUUUUAUACAUUAGUUGUCAUCAUCCCACAGAAUAAUAAAACUUUUUGUUUAAAUUAAUGUGAAAUUCAAUAAAAGAAUAUAAUUUUAAA